AUGUCUACCCCUCAGACGCCAAACAAUCAUAUUUUCUUAUUAGAAGAUGUCAAUUCGAGCCGUACUCGUAGCCUUUUUGUGUCUCCAGAUGGCCUGACAAAGAAAUCCUGCUCCUUAAUUACUAGCACUAAUGGAGGAGCUGAUAAAGUCCCUAGGUCUUUAACUAGUGAUAUCCCUCUCAGUAAUGGCCAGAUAGUAGGUGGGCGCUUGCAAGAGACGCUAGCUGAAGCUGUUGGCCAAUUGACAGCUGUUGCUAGGGCCUUGGCAACGGGAUCAAGAGAAAAAAUUGAGAAGGAAGUUUGCACAGCCAGUGGAGAGUACCGAGAGAGCAAAAGUAUUCCUAUUAAACUGGAGUCUAAGGCCAAGAAAUCACUUCUCACUGUUCGCCACCUCUUCAGUAUUCCUCUUGAUUCCUCCGGAAGACUUGGAUUCGGAAGAUCGCCACCUAAGGUAAUGGAGCUUACUUUUUUUAUUUUGGAUCGCUUAAACCUUUUUUGUCUUCAAAGUGUUUUGAACUCCAUCCUAUUCCCUGAAUUUGAUAGGACUUUUGAUAGCAGAUAG